AUGAACGAAGUCUUUCAGUGGGACAUCAUGUCAAUUCGUUCGGAAGCCUACGAAAAAGGUAUAGUGAGUGAAGAAGGGCAGGAAGCCUACGUCCUUCCCGCGCUCAAGGCCAAGUACGCUGAUGAACAGUACGCCAAGAUCCUGGAGUACAUUCAUCUUCUGGAAAACUUGGCUGACACCUAUCAGACGAACUGGUUGCGGCUCAAUGACUUAGCCGGACCACCUUACCCAUCCUUCACCAUGCACGAACUCAACGAGACCUGCAACGCCCACAUCAACAUGCUGAUCAUCGAUGCGACCGUGUUGCAGGUGGCUUUCUCCAACCCCGAGAUCAUCUAUCAGUUGAAGUUGCAACACCUCCCGGCUUUUGGAAAUUACGGGCUGCCGGAUAAGAGUUACGGCUGCAACCACGCAGUGUUUUUGAGUGAGUGUGACCAUGAAGCGAACGAAUACACCAUUUGGACAUGGGGAACCUCUGUGAAACUGACGCGUGAGAUCUUGUUGGGCUAUCCUACAACUCAACGUGGCUACCACACAGCCCCUGACACCUAUGUGCCCGCUUGGAACACUGGAGCUCUUUGUGCAGCAGUGAUUGCGGACAAGGUGAACGUCGACUGA